CACCGCUUUCCGCUUCCACACCAUGGCGGACAUUUUCUCUUCGCACCCCUAUCCUGGUCGCAAGACCAUCAACCCCAGCAAGCAUCACUGCGAUGUCUGCGACAGAACCUUGGCAUACAAGGACAGAGCUGCCCACGAUCGCAGCAAGAAGCACCGCGCUGAGCUGGAGAAGCUGAAGGCUAAGGAAGCUGCCGCCAAUGCUCCCGAAGGAAAUGAAAACAUCGACCCCAAUGCCUGUCACAACUGUGGCCAGCUGAUCUCGAUGACUUUCCGCCCCUCUGCAUCACUUACUAACACUUUCUCAGCUGGUCAUAUGUCCAAGGAAUGUCCCGAGCCCAGAAAGAUGACUGGAGCCUGCUUCAACUGCGGCGAGGUUGGCCACAACAAGUCCGACUGCACCAAGGAGCCCGUCAUCACCUGCAACAGCUGCAAGGGCGAAGGACACAUCUCCCGCGAGUGCCCCGAACCUCGUUCGGCUGCCAACAUCACUUGCAACAACUGCUCUGAGCUCGGUCACUUCUCUCGUGACUGCCCUAAGCCCAGAGACUACACCAAGGUCACUUGCAACCAGUGCGGUCAAAGCAAGUGUUGCCAUGGUCACACCGUCCGCCGCUGCACUACCGAUCCCUCCGAAUACGCUAUUCAGAGCGAUACUGGCUUUGGCGAUGAUGCUGCCGCAGCUCCAUCCGGCAAUGAUGACUGGAUGAACGACACCACCGAUGGCGUUGUUGCUGAAACCACCGCCACCGCUGUUGAAGGUGACUGGAUGAACGGCAACACUGAAGCUACUGCUGGUGAGGAGUGGGGCGCUGCUCCUGCUACUGGUGGUUGG